AUGUCGAACUGGAAAGUUCCCGAGGGUUUGAUAGAUUGGCAAAACGUCUCUGAACAUGAUGGCGUUCUCACCGUAGAACACAUCAAAACUACCGAGUUUCUCACAGGAGAAUCAUUCCUUUCCAACUGCCAUAUCCCCGAUAUAAAUCCAAACACCAAGAUCGUCGGCAUAUGCGGUAUCACCGACUGGAACAAAGAGAAUGACCCAAAAUUACCAGGAGACGCAGCUCCUAACCAGGAAGGCUGGCACUUUACCGAUUUCUAUCUGUUCCAUCACCUCCUGAAGGAAGUUGCUUCCGACCAAGUCUGGUUGACUUGCGUAUCGCCCGAAUCUGCCGUUGAGAAAUACGGCAGGUACGUUUAUGGUGAUUACAACCCGAAAAAAAUCGAGGAGCGGCGCGUGGUCCUUGACGAAAGCAAGCUUGGUGAACUGAACGACGUUCAAACGGUAUCUCCGGAAGACCUCUUGGAGAAUGUGUUGGAGGCUAUCAGCAAAACAUGCAUCGAUGCAGCUGCCGAAAAGCGCCCUGUUCUCAUUUUGAUAUUCUCUCGAUCGUCUCAGCCUGCGUAUUCGAUUGUCAUGGGCGGGGAAAAUGCAGAAGAUCCAAAAUAUCUCACCAAGGAAUCGUUCCGGCAGGCAAUUGGAUCUCAGGCACCGGAAGCAGGGCUGUGUUUACUGGCCACUGAAUACCGCACUGGUGCGUGGGCUAUCAAUCCUGAUAUGAAUGUCGCCCCUGUCGCUUCUCAAGGAAAAUAUCUCGAGUCUAUGGCAUGGCCAAUUAGCGGAACCAAUAACAAGCGUCCAUGUGGACCAGAAUUCUCUCAUCGAAUAGUUGAUAUGCUUUUGAGGCUCCACCUCGAAGGUUAUGAGACUGUAGAAAACGAUGGGGAUAAAGAUCCUGAUUUUGAGGAGCAUGAAGAAAGGCUGUCGAGCGUUAUCGAAGGCAUUCUCGAGAAGGAGGAGUCUAAGGACAUGUCUCUGUUCUCUGGCGACGAUGAGUGGGAGACUGAGUAUUCAGAGCGGAUAGGCAUCCAUAUUAGCGAAUUCCAUCGAAGAUGGUGCCUGUUGAAGGAUGCAACCUCCGGCUACGAUGAGCUUUUGACUGCGGUUAAGAAUGAGGCAAAGGUUUAUUUCAACAGCUUCCCUGGCUUAGACUACAAGAUAAGGAACCGAGCGCUGCACAAGAAGCUUCGCGGUAUCACCAAGGGCACGUUGACACCUAACUUUAUCGAGCUUGAACUCCUGCAACGCCAAAUCGACUAUCGCCUCAAGCUCAUGAAAAUGGCGACGAAGUAUAAGGAUCUUUGGCACCUUUCUACGAAAAAUUGCGAAGACGUCGAAGUCGAGAUUGGAGCAGGUAUUGGCACUCAUCGUUGGUAUCAACUGUGUAAACUUGUCGAAUCUUAUCACCUUUUCGAUCAUCGUGAUUAUCAGGGUGAGGGUGAGGGGUAUGAAAAAGGGAACUGGUAUAUUGCUUCCUGUAUUCACAGUCAGGGGUGGGAUGAUACUCAGGCGGCAGAGAAGAUCGGGAUCUUGAUACCUUUCAAGGUAACAGAAGCUCCAGUCCGAAACGAGACAGAGUCAGAGUCAGCCGAAACAAUAGCUUCUUCCUGGUGCUAUGAUCAAGAUCUUUUCGUACUUCAGAAAGAAGCAAAACAAUACUUUGAUAGCGGGCUGUUUCCUCAUGACACGGCAAGUGACCUGGGGCUAAACAACUUUCUUCGCAAUGUCAUCAAAGGAACUAGAGAACAUGGCCCUGAACAUCUAAGAUGUGGAGUCGACCAUCGGGCUAAUCAGAUCAUGGGAACUGCGACACUAUACAAAGACUUUCUAGACAUCGACUAUCCCGAUUGCCACGAGGUCGAAGUUCACAGGUUCUGGUGUGAUGACUAUAAACGAUAUAGGGAGAUCAAAGCUUUAAUCAGCACAUAUCCCUUGUUCAACGUGCGCUACCAUCGUCCGUUCUACAAGGGAGGGGAAUACCUAGCCCAAAGCAUUUCUACCCAGGAAUGGAGCAAGAGCGAGAGCGAAACAAUAGCUAAGCUGGACAGCUUAGUGAAAUACAGAGGUCCCAUCACAUGCCCCUUAUUUGCUUGGCCAGGAGGUAUAGACACAAAAUAUGUAACCUCGGGGGUUCCAAACGUCAAAAACGCCAGCCGGAUAUUGGAAACUGUGAACCAUUUCCAACUGAGCAGGGACGAGCGUAUUCGAGUCCUCGUUUGGAAAUUGGGGCAGAUCACUGACCGCAAAAUCCGCUCGCUGCCCACAAACUCCUGUCGUCGGAAACGCCUCCCAGGCAAUUUGGCCAAAGAGGGCGUCACAGCUGGGAUUGGGAAGUUGAGCCUCGAGGGCGGAUCAAGUUGCUAG